UCUGUCGUGUUUUAUAAUGAUUGAAAACUUUAUAAAGGAUCUAUCGAGUAAUACCCUUUUUUGUUACAAGAAGAAAGAAUUAAAAAAAAAUUGACAUUGACAGCUCACAGUUUUCAAUACAAGCAAAUUUAAAAAAACUGUUACUUUAAACGGUUUUAAACUUUGUGGAGUUAUUAUUUCAUCAGUAGGUAUCAAUAAUGGAAAGCCUUUCCUUAUUUCUUGUUGAGGAGCGUGUAAAAACAUUUAAGAAAUGGCCAUUCGGUGAUAAGAAUAAAUGUAAUAUCCGUAAUAUGGCCGAAGCUGGUUUUUAUUCAGUGGCGACUGGUGACGAAGAUGCAGACGCUGCAAAAUGCUUUCUCUGUGGAAAAGAACUGGAUGGUUGGGAAGCUAGUGAUGAUCCUUGGGCAGAACAUAAAAGCCAUGCCUCUAAAUGUGCAUUUGUUCAACUUGGAAAAAAAGAAGAUGAGUUACUGCUUUCAGAGUUCCUCUCAGUCAUUAAACAAUAUAUGAUAAAUGAAACUAAGCGCAUAGCAGAAGUAGCUAAAGAACAAAUUGAUGAUAAAGCGAAAUUGGUAAGAAGAAGAUGUUUGGGAAGGAAAUGAUAAAGAUUUUAUGUUGUAAGAAUUUGGAAAUUGAUUGUUUACUAUUACAAGUGUGUAGUUAAUUAUUCAUUAAUAUUAUGUAAUAUGUAUGUUAAGACUGACUUUGAUUAUUAAUAAAUGUAUGGAAAAUAAUUAUUGUAAUUGUUUCAUAUGUGUAUUAUAUUUAAAGAAAUAUGUUACUACUUUAAACCAACUUCAAAAAUAAGCUACUGAUCAAUUCAGUCUUGUUUUUGGGUGAAUUUAUCAAUGUUUAUGUGAAACUAUUUUGAAUAUAUCAAAGGGUUCUGAUUUUAAAUUCACAAUUCCUAAUUGUGGAUUUGUUACAUGUUCUGUGGAAAUAACUCUCACCUAUUGUCAACCACAAACAAUAAAAUAUAAAAAAAACAAUUGCCUGCCCUUAAAACGAAUACAUAUUUAAAUAUUAACAGUUCCUAAUAAGUUAUUUUUGAAAGUUGGUUAGUUGAAGCGAGGUAAGGCAAAUCAGCUUAUUUAUGAAGAAUAACUAUAUAAGCCUGCACAAUAACUUCAUAUAAAUAUUUGGUGUAGGUAGAAAUCACAAAUAUUCACAAAUCUGUUAGGAGUAACAUCUGUAUGGACCUCUUGAAUAUUUUUUUUAUUGUAUAUAAUUAUAUAAAUUAAAUAAACUUUAUAACAUUGAA